AGUGUGAAGAAGCGUGUGGUGGGAGGGGUUUUUUGUGAGCGGGACUGUCAACUUUUGUUCUCCUCGGUGUCCGGGAAAGAUGCAGUCGGUGCGAGGGGAGUCCUCACUGCCACAGCAGGCCGGCCUGAUUAUCGCAUGGUUGAAGAAAAUGUUUGGUGACAAGGCACUGCCACCCUAUGAGGUGAACACACGGACGGUAGAGAUCUUGUGUCAGUUGGCAGAGUGGAAUGAGGCUCGAGAUAAAGAUCUAACCCUUGUCAUUGAGGAUCAGAAAAUGAAAACUUCAGAAAUAAAAGCUGAAGCCAAUUACCUACAGGAGCUACUCUCGGAUAGUUUGGGUCCAUCCUACACUAACCUUUCUCGCAUGGGUAAUACAUAUUUGAACCAGCUUGUUGACAGUUGCCUGGCACUGGAGAUAAAGGACUCUUCACUAACAAGCUACAUCCCGGCAGUGAAUGACCUGAGUUUUAAGCUGGUGGCCAUAGAGUCCAAUAAUCAAGAGUUGGAUCUGGAGCUGAUGAACUUGAGAAAAAAGUUAACAGAUGCUCUUGUGUUGGAGAAAUCCCUGGAACAGGAUCUCCGGAAAGCAGAAGAGCAGUCUAGUGUGGAAAAAGCCAAAGUGGAGGUCCGAGCACAAAAUAUGAAGACGCUAAAAGAUAAAUCGGAGGAGUAUAAAUACAAGAUCCAGACUGCACAGGACGAGCUGUCGGCGGCAGGGAUGGAGGAUUCUCUGACUCAUCGCUCUUUGGUGUCCCUCUCUGAGAUGCUGGCAGAGCUUAAAACACAAUCCACAGCUACAAAGGAAAAGCUUAAAUCUUACCUAGACUUGGCUCCAAAUCCAUCUCUGGUAAAAGUGAAGAUUGAAGAGGCAAAGAGGGAACUGAAAGCAACAGAAGCAGAACUCAACAUGAAAGUAGACAUGAUGGAGUUUGUGCUGCCGGAGCAGAAGCGACGAAUCAAUUAAAUUGUGAUUUCUGAAACCCCAGCACCAGUGAGAACUUCCUUCUACAGAUAUUGGACAUCCUGGAGCUGUCUGCUACAUAGGCUGUGCACAUACUUGGAUGAAGUGUAUAUAAACUGCACAUAUCUGUGCUGAAGGUGGUCUCCCUGUUCAUAGGACUGUAUGUGACCUGUUUAGGAAGCAUUUAAGUGUGUCUUAACUACAGGAGAGUUUACUGCUAGAUCGAUUUAUUUCAAGUGCACCAGUCACUUUACAGCAUUGGAGGUGUGUUGAGGAAGGCAAGUACUGUGCUUGUUUUUUUUCCCUAAAAAUAGAACUUCCCGGUAUGCAGUAAAGCUAAUUUUGUAUUUUAUCAUUAAUGUUGACCUGCAAUCCAUAAAUUGAAGAGUUGCAAUGUUAUAGGGGACAUCUAGAAAUGUUUAUUGCACCUAAGCAGUAACUCCCCCCCCCUUUUUUUUUUUUGUCUGGAAUGUCUUCUGGAAAAGUGCAUGUUCUGGUAAGUGCCUAUGGAACCUCUGCACCUACAACCUUAUAACUGUAUAUCUGCACUGUGAGAUCUAAGGGGGUACCUGACUCUCCGUCUUAGGAGAUUUAGUAAUGUCACUACUGUGCUGCUCACUUCCUUGCUGGUAACUCGGCUGUGAGGAAGAAAAUCUCUGCCUCUAGCAAGAUGCCUGUCUCCACACAGAUACAUACAGAACAAGGCAUUAUAUGUCAGUAAUGGGGGGGGGGACCAGCUACAAGCAGACCACAGGCAACACUAGUGCCUAGUUCUUUGCUUUUUGCCUGCCUUCUUUGGGUGGAGCUUCCACAGAUUAGGUCCACUGUUAAUGGUAAAGUGUUUGUAACCCUAAAAAAAAAUCAAAACAAAUCCUGUUCCUUCAAAGCAUGUUGUACAGAGCAGUGCUUUGGCCUUCUGUAUCACAUGAAAUACCUGGCUGAUCCUGCCCGGUUCUACCCUCUCCCCUGUAAACUGACCACGGUUUAUCAUGGCUGCUAAACACUUUUUAGAAGGGUUACAAACCCUUUAAGAUUAAAUACCUAUGUUGUUUUACAGAGGGGGAUUGCUUGAAUGCUGCUAGAGCCUGUAAUUCUACCAUGAGAGAGGUGCAUAGCUUGGUCGUUAGAGACCCCUGUUGCAUAAGUAAGCAAUUUUUGCAAAGUAUGUACCUAUAAAGAAGAUAAAAACAUAAACUAUUUACCAGUCUAUGCGCUGGUCAGGAAAAACUCCCAAGUCCAGCUGCUAAUCCUGAUUAAAAAAUGAAGAAACAUGUCUUCUGUCACUAAGGACACUGCAGCUGUUAAUCCACUGGGUGGUGGAAUGGGAUCUAUGCAAAGAAAGGAAAAGAGUGCAUGGUCGCCCUAGUGUGAUACUGUUAAAUAAAUGAUAAAAACAUAGAUUGCACUCACAUUUUCUGAUACAAAUGGAGGCAUGUAGUACAUAAGUUCUCCUCUCCCAGACGACCACUGCAGACGGUGACAAGUGGGCAGAGCAUAUCCGACCUCCCCAAUUCCGGAUGGCAGCUCGCAAACCACCUGUCGUAACCUCCGGCUUGUGCUACAGACCACAUGAGCCCAGACCAGCCGGUGCUGCGGUGAUCAACUGAUGGGGAAGGAGACCAGUACGUCAGCCCGCAAGGUUGCUAUGACAUGUUUUGGAGGCGUGGCCUCUAUAUAACGUCUUGAUUUUUCUGGGCACCCUAAAGCAUGCUGACUGGUUCCUCAUGCUGACCCCCACCUCAUUAUGGGAUAUUGUCAUAACAUGAGGGCACUAUAUGAUUGCUAUUUCAGGUGUGGGUUUUUUUUUUUCCCUUUCCUUUUUAUAAACUCAUACUAGAACUUUUAUUAAGAUGGGGAAAUAAGUUUAUGUUAACGUUUUUUUCUUGUUGAUAUACACAGUUUUCUGAGAGACCUAGAUGUAAUUGCUAGCAUUGCAACAUGGCAACAAGCAUGCCUCUGUGAAGCUGCCAAAGAUUGUAAUAGACUGUAAUACUGACACUUCCAACACUCUCUACUGGAAGGACCAAGCACAGUAUGUUGUUUCCCUACCCUCCUCCACAUUAUAUUUAUUACUAAAGUGAAAGAAAAUGGAUUAAAUGCUUGUGGGUGAAAGCAGGCUUUAAUUGAGGUGCAUAUAAAGACUUUCUUGACUGGUAAAGAGUCUCACUAGUCCCAAUCACAGCCUAUAAAAGCAUGGCUCAGCUGUGCUGUUAUUGGUCAAAUCUAUCAUACCUGGAUAAGUAUGGUAUGGUUUGGGUACACUUCUACUGUAAAUAUCAUUGAGGUUUUAGGAAUGUAAUUUCACAGAAAUAUUUUUAGAGGGUAGAAAAAAACUCAAUGUGAAUGUUUGAUUGUUUUUUUGUUUUGUUUUUGUAUGUUUUUUUUUUCCAACAGGAUAUUUUAUAGUUUUGUAAUAGUGUAAUAUAGUUUUGUAAAUAUUAUUCCAUCCAUCAACAAAUUAAAAACUCAUUAAAAUUUAUGAGGUGACAUGUUGUGUCCUGCCACAGCCCAGGUAAAGUUGAAUUCAACUCUAUCAUUAAAGAUUAACUGUAA